AGGCUAAGGAGGAAGGAAAAGGGAGUUCACCAAAUAAGCAGGAGCCUAUCUGAAGCCUGAUGCAUCAGGGCCUAGAGCCAACCUUCCAUUUCCCCCCAGCCCCCACCUGUUUAAGCUUCUAGGCCAGUGAGAGGAGGGAGGUGCCAGACAGCUGAGGGCCAGGAAAGAUGUGAGAAACUCUAGCUGGUGACCGAGAGGAGUAGAGUGUGCCCUUAGUUCAUAUGAACUAGAGGGAGCUGGUAUUUGCACAGCAGUCAGGGUCACAUGAGUGAUCAUGGUACAGUGAGAAGUUCUCCCUCCCAAGGCGAGGUCACAGGGUUUGUUUCUGUUCAAUCCGGAUUUCUCCAGUAAAAGCUUCAACUUCCCACACUGAAGCUGAGAGCCUCCCAAAGUGCUGGCUACCUGCUGAGCGCCCCUGUAACUCUGACACUGUCGUAAUUUGAGCCUCUGCGAUUGCCGUCUGCUUCCUGUGAAAGUCCUUUCCGUGCCCCAGACCCUUGAGUGGGCCUUUCAGCUGCUGACUUUCAGCUGGAACUUGAAGGGACCCCCAACCCUGAGACACUAUGGCCCUGACCUCAGAGCUGGGGAAACAGAUAAAACUGAAAGAGGUGGAGGGGACCCUCCUGCAGCCUGCAACUGUGGACAACUGGAGCGAGAUCCAGAGCUUCGAGGCCAAACCAGAUGAUCUCCUCAUCUGCACCUACCCUAAAGCAGCCUCAGGGACAACGUGGAUUCAGGAAAUUGUCGAUAUGAUUGAACAGAAUGGGGACGUGGAGAAGUGCCAGCGAGCCAUCAUCCAACACCGUCAUCCUUUCAUUGAGUGGGCUCGGCCACCCCAACCUUCUGGUGUGGAAAAAGCCAAAGCAAUGCCCUCUCCACGGAUACUAAAGACUCACCUUUCCACUCAGCUGCUGCCGCCGUCUUUCUGGGAAAACAACUGCAAGUUCCUUUAUGUAGCUCGAAAUGCCAAAGACUGUAUGGUUUCCUACUACCAUUUCCAAAGGAUGAACCACAUGCUUCCUGACCCUGGUACCUGGGAAGAGUAUUUUGAAACCUUCAUCAAUGGAAAAGUGGUUUGGGGUUCCUGGUUUGACCAUGUGAAAGGAUGGUGGGAGAUGAAAGACAGAUACCAGAUUCUCUUCCUCUUCUAUGAGGACAUAAAGAGGGACCCAAAGCAUGAAAUUCGGAAGGUGAUGCAGUUCAUGGGAAAGAACAUGGAUGAAACAGUGAUAGAUAAAAUUGUCCAGGAGACGUCAUUUGAGAAAAUGAAAGAAAAUCCCAUGACAAAUCGUUCUACAGUUUCCAAAUCUAUCAUGGACCAGUCAAUUUCCUCCUUCAUGAGAAAAGAACCCAGAACAUGAAGUUCAAAAGGAUAAUGGAAUUUAUGGGGAAUAAACUAGAGGAAGAGCCUGUCAAAAGAAUUGCUCAGCACACAUCUUUUGAAAGUAAGAAGAAAAACCAGAUGACCAACUAUGUAAUGAUAACCUGUGACAUCAUGGACCACUCCAUCUCCCCAUUUAUGAGGAAAGCUGCCUGCCAACCAUCAUGAAUUUCCUUGAGAAGAAUAUUACUACAUAACUAGUAUUUUGGGAAAGAAUAUUAAUAUGUUUAUUUCCUUUUUAUUCAUUUUUUAAAAGAUAGAAACUCACUCUGUCACCCAGGAUGGAGUGCAGUGGUGCAAUCACAGCUCACUGCAACCUUAAACUCCUGUGUUAAGGCAAUCCUCCCACCUCCAGCCUCCCAAGUAGCUGAGACCACAGGUACACACCACCAUGCCCAGCUAAAUUUUUUAUUUUUUGUACAGAUAGGGUCUCACUGUGUUGCCCAGGCUGGUCUUGAACUUCUGGGCUCAAGCAAUUCUCCCACCUUGGCCUCCAAAAUGCUGGGAGUUCAGGCAUGAGCCACCAUGACCAGCCUUAUUACCUUUUUAACUAACAUGAUGCUGCCAAUAAUUUUGAGGUUUUCUCAAAAUAUUAAUAAGUCUUUGAAAGAAAAUAGAUUGUGAUGUGUACCUGUAAUAAGAAUUUAUACUUUUUAAUUAUCUCUAAAGUUUCACUUUAUGGAAAAAGUAUUCAGAAUAGACUUCCCGUCCAAUCUCUCAAGCACAAUUGCACUGCUUUUAAGGGACCAUUGAAGGGUGGAAGGAUUACUUCUCAGCAGCACAGAAUAAGAGAUUUGAUGAAGACUAGGGAGGAAAAUGGCUGACUCUUCUCUGACCUUCCACACGGAGCUCUAAAGAGAGAGACAAAGUCUAUACUACACAGGGGCAAUUUUAUUACCCUAUCUUCCAGUUUUUAUUCCCCUUAUCACUGUUUUUCUCUAGAAAUGACUUCCUGAGCUUGCUCAAAUGUUCAGGCAAGAACUGUAAAUUACCCUUUCCUCUCUGCAUGCCCCUGGAAAAUAAAAUCGUUUUGUUAGCUAAGGAGCUGGGCUCAACAUUCUUCACAAACUGACUGAAUAGUUGUAAAAGAAAUUUGGAACCUUGUCAAAAGUCUGGUGGUUAAGUCUCCAAACCAAAGUUUCGAGGUCCUGAGGUCAGCUGGCCACGUUCUUCCACCUGUCACCUGGCCCUGUCCUUCCCAGGAAGAGUAUCUUCUCUGAUGGGUGCUUGGCAGGAGAACCCCCCGACAGCUUUGCUAAAGUUUUCUGAGAGCUAAACCAGUCUAAGACUUUGCCUACCCAGUCUUCCUUCCUUCCCUCUUUCCUGCCCUUCUCCACAGGGGUUACUACUACACCAGGCUCUGACAGCCCUGCUCAUUUAUAAAUCCCUCACAAGCGUUGUCCCUCAAUAAAUCUCUUACUCUUACUCUCUCUCAGUGAUAGGCCAAGCAUCUGCCUAUCACUGAAAAGGGAGCAAUAUUCUCCCUUUGUUAGAGUGACCAUUAUAUUUAUGAUUUACUGUUAAAUUCAGAUGUGCAAAUACUAGGUUGAGUCAUUUGAAAUUGGUAUUAAAAAAGAAAGCAAACAUUCAAGAAUCACAGAGGCAGCAACUUCAGAAAGAUGAGAAUUACUGAAACAGGAUCUUGGAGGAGGGGCAUGUGGAGAAAACCCCCACCCCUGGGGAAGGAGCACAACUUGGCCAGGGCUCUGUCCCUGAGGACACUAUGAAGAUACUGACUCUGAAGUGAUCUGCACACUGGACUCUGCUGCUGCUACAGGAAGUGAAUUAUCUCGCGGAUACCACUCACUGGAGCAAGAAGGCAGUGAAGAGAGCAAGUCCCUACUCCUCCUUUUGUCUCUCAGUCUCCCUGUGAGCAGAGACUCAGAGAAGACGCACCAGCUGGCCCAGUGGAAACACAGAUGGCAGAGUCCCAGCCCAGCAUCUCAAAGAAAACCCGAGACACGUGAACUAGGACAUGAGAGGCAAUAACUUUAUAAAUAGGCCAGCCAAUAGCUGACCUUUUUAAGCUCAAAAAUGGCCAUUUCAAUAGUUCAACCUAAUGUGUGUGUUUGUGUGCGUGUAAAUAUAAAUGUAUAUAUGUAAAUAUAAAAUAUAUUCUCAUGUAAAAAAAAAAAACCCAGGCCGAGCACAGUGGCUCAUGCCUAUAAUCCCAGCACUUUGGGAGGCCAAGGCAGGUGGAUCACCUGAGGGUGGGAGUUCGAGACCAGCCUGUCCAACAUGGUGAAACCUCGUCUCUACUAAAAAUACAAACUUAGCUGGGCAUGGUGGCGCAUGCCUGUAAUCCCAGUUACCCAGGAGGCUGAGGCAGGAGAAUCGCUUGAAUCUGGGAGGUGGAGGUUGCAGUGAGCCGAGAUCAUGCCAUUGCACUCCAGCCUGGGCAAAAAGAGUGAAACUCCAUCUCAAAAAAAAAUAAAAAAUAAAAAAUAAAUAAAUAAAAAUCUAAACUUACCUAAAAUAAAUCAAUAGACUUACUAUUGUUGGCAAACACUUCCUCUCCUCCUUCUGCUGGAGACUCCAGGUGGCAGGUCUUCUCUGAAGUCUCAAAGCCCCUGCAAGGGCUCUCAGGAGCAGCGGCAGUGACUGCAGCUGAGGCUGCAAAACGACUGAGAGUGGGAUGCCACAGCGGCUAUUGUGAACUUGGUAGAAUUCUCUCCAUCUAACCAACUGAGGCAAUGUUUCUCUGAUGGCCUUUAUAAUGGUUUGUUUGAAAGGUGUGGUUAGUGCCAAUGCCCAGCAUGCCAGGUGACACAUUCUAGAAAGUAAAUGAAGUAGUAUGAGCUCUAAAAUCCCUUCAACAUGACUGAGGGAAGCACCCUUGCUUGGGUUGAGUUAAUCUAAAUGCUGAGAGAAAUCCCAGCAGAGGUGGUCCCUGGAAAAAUCUGCCUCUCCAACACAGUGGCAGGGCCCAUUUGUUCUGUGGCCCAUUGUUCAGCAGCCACUCAUUUCAAACUGAGUGGAACUUACAGCCCCGAUAAGGCACACAGCUGGCUGAGCCAGCAGCUAAGUGACAUAAAUAAGGAGCUGCCAGUCCUCCCACACUACCAGGGAGCCAGAAUCUCAGAAUUAGAAAAAGCACUUAGAGGCCGGGCGCGGUGGCUCACGCUUGUAAUCCCAGCACUUUGGGAGGCCGAGGCGGGCGGAUCAUGAGGUCAGGAGAUCGAGACCAUGGUGAAACCCCGUCUCUACUAAAAAAUAGAAAAAAAUUAGCCGGGCGUGGUGGCGGGCGCCUGUAGCCCCAGCUACUCGGAGAGGCUGAGGCAGGAGAAUGGCGUGAACCCGGGAGGGGGAGCUUGCAGUGAGCCGAGAUUGCGCCACUGCACUCUAGCCUGGGCGACAGAGCAAGACUCCGUCUCAAAAAAAAAAAAAAAA